AUGCUUCUUUACAAGCAGAAGAAGAACCAGGCAGCCAAGGGCAACAGGUUCUUGAUUAGCGUGACGGUGUUGGGGAGUGCAGGACCGAUCCGGUUUGUUGUUAACGAGGAGGAGCUAGUGGCUGCUGUUAUUGAUACAUCCUUGAAGUCUUAUGCGCGUGAGGGUCGCCUUCCAAUUCUAGGCUCUGAUCUUAAUGAUUUUUUGCUUUAUUGCCCCAAUGCUGGGUCUGAGGCUAUAAGCCCGUGGGAAACAAUUGGAUCGCUGGGAGCUCGCAAUUUUAUGCUAUGCAAGAAGCCACCGCAUCUGAAAGUGGCGGAUGAUGGAAGAUCCACUGCAGCAAUUACCCAGAAGGGGGAGUGGGAGCUGGAAGGCAUGGAUUAA